AUGCAACAGUGUGUUGCUCAGCUUCUGGUCUUUUUAAUACCUUUUGUCAGCACUGUAUUCUGUGGACAUCUGGGGAAGACAGAGCUAGCUGGGGUUACUUUAGCCACAUCUAUUGUGUCUAUUGCUGGUAUUUCAAUUGGUCAAGGAUUGGCAACAACAUGUGACACAUUCAUAUCUCAGACCUUUGGGAGCAGUAACUUAAAGAGAGUGGGGGUCAUUCUGCAGAGGGCUAUCCUCAUUUUACUUCUGGCUUGUUGCCCAUGCUGGGCUCUUCUUAUCAACACAGAGUCCAUCCUCCUGGCCUUCAAGCAAAGCCCAGAGGUGGCCAGGCUGUCCCAGAUGUAUGUGGAGAUCUUUAUGCCUGCAUUACCUGCAGCCUUUCUGUUUGAGCUACAAGUAAGGUAUCUUCAAAGUCAGGGUAUACUAUGGCCCCAGAUAUUGACAGGAAUUGUGGGAAAUGUCCUGAAUGCACUGAUCAACUACAUCUUUCUGUUCGUUCUGGAGCUUGGUGUAGUUGGUUCAGCUGCAGCCAACAUGAUAUCCCAGUACUGCCUGGCUUUGUUCCUGUUUGCUUACAUUCUCUGUAAGGGUUUGCAUAAGCCCACCUGGGGAGGCUGGUCUGUGGAAUGUCUGCAGGAAUGGGGACCCUUUGUCCACUUAGCCAUACCCAGCCUGUUCAUGGCAUGUCUGGAUUUAUGGAUGAUGGAGAUUGGGGGAUUCCUUGCAGGUCUGAUAAGUGUGGUUGAACUGGGAUCACAGUCAGUCAUCCGUAUGGUGUCUGGUAUUCUAUACAAGAUUUAUGGAGGCAUCAAUGCAGCUGCCACUCUGACUGUGGGGAAUGCUCUGGGAGCUGGAAAUGUACAGCAGGCUCAGCUGUCCUGCAAGAUCUCCAUAAUAUGUGCAGUUGUGAUCUCCCUAUGCGUAGCAGUGAUUGUUGGGUCAUCAUCGGAUGCAAUAGCCAUUGUCUUCACAAAUGACGAGUAA